GCUAGCUUAGACUACAACAGAAAAUGUUCCGUUAACUUAACAGUUUAUCGAGCUAACUGCUAUGUUCACUUUCUAAUUUCAACUACAAGCUAUUGCAAGUGCUCUAUUAGGAAAAGCAGUGAGUCCAGGUGAAGAUGAGGACGAUAACUUCCUCCAGUGGCCAGGAGGAAGCUGUGAAUGUCAGAAGGACGGAGUCAGCCGACGCUCAGGGGAUCAACGGCCUCAUCAGCCCUGAAGCUGGAGCAGUGUUUGGACGAGUCAACGUGAUCCAUCUGCUAGAGAAAGCCAAUCUGGCGGUGACUCUGGCCAAUGAGAGGGAGGAGAUCCUGGCUCAUGCUUCCUUCUUCGAUCACCCUGUUGGAGACUUGGUGGAUCAGACUCGCUGGGAAGCGUUCCUGCAGAAGCACUUCAGCGCUGAAACAUGCACACCUUUGAACACACUCUUCCUCCACUUCUUCGUGGCAGAGACGGAUUUCGCCACAGCAAGUGUAAAAGAAAUAUUAAGAGCUGUCUUUAACGCCGUCGCAGAGCUGGAAUACAUCCUCCUGCUCAGCCCGUACGCUGGGGUUUUAGAGGAGGCUCUGGAGGAGGUGUUUGAUCCUCUGCAGCGUCUGACUGACCUUCAGUGCUCAGCGUUCAUCUGCCACAGACAAGAGCACUGUCCGAAGCUUCUCAUCCGCCCCGCCAGGGUUGAAGACCAUGAUGAUUUGAUGCGUAUCUUUGUGGAUCAGACCAAAGUCCUGUCCGUCAUGGAGCAGCCGUACUUCCUGGCAGAACUGAUCCAGGAACAGAACGAGGAGAACCACUGCGCCGUUUGUGAGGUUUGUUCACACACAUUUAAAUACACAGACUAACAUGUGUUUGUUGUAUUUAUUGA